AACACGUCCCUGUGCUGGUAAUUGGAUUAACUCUCCAGUAACACAAUCAUCUUUGGCUGUGGUUGACUAAAAAUUGACAUUUGUUCCAAGAUAGCUCCAUGGAAAAUGUAUUUGGUCAUCCUUUGAAUGUAACUUACUAUUCCUUGGCUCCUUGUUUUUCCCUCUGCUGUGAACUUCCUCCAGCUCCUCUGGGGGAAAACGAUGACAGCUGCUGCCUGUUCAGUAACAGCUACCUUAAUUGUACCAUGGCACUGUUUCCAAUGGGGAGACUGGAGUUAAUUCCAGUUUGAACAAAGAAACCGUUUGGUUUGGGCCCAGCCAAGCAUGAAACACUUUGAACUGGCUACGUUUUAAUUGGCCCUUCCCCAUGGGGAAUGGAAGUGUGUUUUUGAGUUGUGGGUGCUGAUUCAAUGCAGUCAGCCGGUAGCACAUGAUAGCAGCACACCAAAGGGUUCAGUUGUGCAAUCUACUGAUAUCUUUCACCUUCAUCUCUGAAGCUCAAAAUAGCUGGAAAAAAUAUAAUUUAUGCUUCCAGAGAAUGUGGUUGUGUUUUCACUUUAGGAUCACUGCUUAAAAUUGUGCUGAUUUUCAUCAGGAAUGGAAAACCUCACGCCAGAGCAAUGGCGCGAGAUUAUGAACAGGAAGAUGCGGUUCCCUCCGGAGCUCAUUGGUGCCAUUCAGGAGGGGAACAUAGAGUUGCUGUUUGGACUGUUGAAGACCGGUGAUGGCAUCAUCCGCCAGCUGGAUGAGUCUGAGGAUCGCCAGUGGAGGGAUGCCCUCAACUUGUCAAUCCGCCUGGGCAACGAAAGUUGCAUGGACGUCCUCCUCCACGGGGUCAAGUUUGACUUCCGGCAGAUUCACGAGGCCCUGCUCGUCGCUGUAGACACCAACCAGGCCAGAGUGGUGAAGCGCCUGCUGGACCGCCUGGACCAGGAGAAAGGCAACAAGAUGGACGUGCGCUCCUUCUCUCAGGCCAUCUUUGACCACUCAAUUGACAACUCCCAGUUUGCCCCUGGUGUGACACCUCUGACCUUAGCCUGCCAGAAAGACCUGUAUGAUAUAGUCAACAUGCUCACCCAAAAAGGUCACGUCAUCCCAUGGCCACAUAAGAUAUCCUGUGCCUGUCUGGAGUGUAGUAACGGCCGGCAGUAUGACCUGCUCAAGUUCUCCUUGUCUCGUAUCAACACCUACCGUGGCAUUGCCAGCCGCGCCUACCUGUCCAUCACCUCCGACGAUGCCAUGCUCAGAGCUUUCGGUCUCAGCAGAGAGCUCCGCAAGCUCUCCCAAAAAGAGCCAGAGUUCAAGCCUCAGUACCUGGGCCUGGAGGAGGUUUGUCAGGAGUUUGCCGUUGAGUUGCUGGGCAUGUGUCGCAACCAGAGCGAGGUGACCACCAUCCUGAACAGCUGUGGCAACGAGAGCCAGGACUCCUUAGAGCAGCAGGCCUUUGAGGAGGGAAUCCCCAACCUGUCACGUCUGCGGCUUGCUGUCAACUACAACCAGAAACAGUUUGUGGCCCACCCAAUCUGCCAGCAGGUGCUGUCUUCUAUCUGGUGUGGGAACCUCUCCGGCUGGAGAGGCAGCAGGACGGCCUUUAAGCUGUUUGUCUCAGUAGGGAUCUUUCUCACCAUGCCUCUCCUCUGCCUCGUCUACUGGACCGCACCCAAGUCAAAGGUAGGAAAGAUACUAAAGAUUCCUGUGAUCAAGUUUCUCCUCCACUCAGCCUCCUAUCUCUGGUUUCUCAUCACGUUGCUCGGAGAAUCAAUAACAAUGGAGUUGUAUCGAGAUAAAUUUUCUUCCCGGCAGCAGAACAUCCUGCACAGCUCCUUCCACAUGGUGUGGGUGGUCGGAUUCUUCUGGUAUGAGUGUAAGGAAGUGUGGAUCGAGGGGCUGCGGAGUUACUUCCGGGACUGGUGGAACUGCUUGGACGUGAUGGUGCUCAGCAUGUACCUGGCGUCCUUUGCGUUACGUGUCCUUAUCAUGCUCAAAGGUUACUUCCUCUGCUAUGAUUAUAACAGCACAGAGGAGUGUAUCUACUUCACUCGGACUGCCCGUGAGGACUGGCAUAACGAGGACCCCCAGAUGAUUGCAGAGGUGCUGUUUGCAGUGACCAGUUUGUUGAGCUUCACACGGCUGGCUUACAUACUGCCAGCACAGGAGUCUUUGGGAACUCUGCAGAUCUCCAUAGGGAAGAUGAUUGAUGAUAUGAUGCGAUUUAUGUUUAUAUUGAUGAUCAUUGGAACGGCCUUCCUCUGUGGCAUCAACAAUGUAUAUGUUCCUUAUGUCAUCUCUCCACAUCUUGGCAGGUUUAAUGAGACGUUCCGCUUCUUAUUCUGGACCAUGUUUGGCAUGGCCAACCAGGAGUAUGUGGACAUGCCACAGUAUGUGGUGGCAGAGUUUGUAGGAAGGGUUCUGUACGGCAUCUUCACACUCAUCAUCGUCAUCGUCCUGCUCAACAUGCUCAUUGCCAUGAUCACCAACUCCUUUCAGAAAAUUGAGGAUGAUGCAGAUGUUGAGUGGAAAUUUGCCAGGUCAAAGCUGUACCUCAGUUACUUCAGAGAAGGCCUCACCAUGCCUGUGCCCUUCAACAUCAUCCCCUCACCCAAAGCUGUGUUUUACAUCUUAAGGGGUAUCUUUAGACGAAUCUGCUGCUGCUGCACUUGUAAUUCUGAGGACAAAUAUCCCCCAAUAGAAUCUAUGACCAAUGAUAAGGUAUGUGAAGACGGCCAGUUACCUUACCAGCAGCAGGUGAUCAAAGCUCUGGUGCAACGCUACAUUGAGUCAGCUUGCAGGGAGUUUGAGGAAACCAAGAGGAAAGAUAUCGGUAAUCGGAUCACUGUGCUGACCAAAACAGUCUGCAAGAUGCACAGUGAUAUGAAAGUGGUCCAGCAGCUUCUGAUGGCUGAUGGACACCCUGCAAAUGGCGCAUUGACCAAUGAUGGCUCCUCCUUUCUGGGAAAAUACAUUGCUGGUGCCAAGAACAAUUUCAUAGGUUUUAACAGCAGAGAUGACAAAAAUGAAUCACUUAACGUGACAUUGCACCAUGAAGAGGAGGGGGAGGAUAAAGAACAAUCAGAUACAAAACAGGAGUCAGAUGCACUGCAGAAUCAGGUGGGCAAAGAGGGAUCACAGCAGGUAACCGACUGUGAUGUGGUGAAAAUGGAGGAGGGCAGAGCUAAAACAGAACCAGGAGAUAAGAAGGAAACUGAGAAAAAAGAGCAGGUGGAAGCAGACACAAAUGAAAAUACUGAUCCUGAAGUGAAAGAGGAGGUGGUGGCAGGGACAGGUUUUAGUCAUGUUAAAGAAAAAGCCGAGGCCACACAGGAUGAGGCAGAAAAAAGAAGGGAAGGAGAGCUACUCACAGGGGCGAAGGUGGGUGAAAAACAAACCGAGACGCAAAAUGGCAGAAUGGACGCAAAAUGGAUAAAGGGUAGAAAUUGUGAGCAUAAUGUAGCAGAGAAGUCGGGUGUCAUGAAACCUGUAGCUAACAAAAUGAUUCCCUCGCCAACAGGCAGCAGCAGCUCUCAGGACACAGGCUUUGGUUCCCAAGAGGGGGAUGGGUCGUUUGACGGGACACUAGUGAGACCGUAACCCUAGCGCUGUCCUAUUUAAAGGACCACACUUUUUCAGGGCUUUGGCUCUUUGGUAACCUUCUUCAAUAUCUGAUAAGAGGGAAAAGUUCCACAUCUUGGAAAAUAUAGUCUUGCACAUAACCACCUGUAAAACAGCAAAUAUUUAGCGUUUAAACAAACAAUGCAACUAUAAAGGUGCUGGUAGGUGGAUUUUUCUUACCGUUGACCAGAGCCAGUUUAGCUGUUCCCCUCUUUUAAUUUGUGCCUAGCUAAGAUAAUCCACUGCUAGCUGCAGCUUCAUAUUUACUGCAUCAACCGUCUCAUCUAGCUUUACGCUGGAAUGCAAACAAGGGUAUUUCCCAAAAUGUUAAACGAUUCCUUUAAUCCCAAUGACUGACUCUGUAAGAAACUUUUCAUGUAGUGAAACCAAUCAUUGUGCAAAAACCGUUCGGCUUCUGGCUAAUUCUGCUCCCAUUCUGUGUGAAAUCGGGACAAUUUUGUGUUUCUGACACAGAAAGCCUCGAGAGGAAGAGAGAUAUUCAUCUUUCUGCUUAAAAGUUCAUUCAAAUAAUUCAUUUUUGGCCAAUGUUUUAUUUUCUUCCCAAUCCUCUAAAAAUGUCAGAUUUAGGCAUUCAAAUAAAAUUCUUCAACCAUAGAUUUUAUUACAAAUACAGUUUUCUCAUUUUUUGAAUAAAUGUAGUACUACACCCAUACACCUUUAUAUGCAUAAAUGGCAGUAAAAUAGGGUUACAGUGCCUUUAAAACUAGUAAACACAAUUCGCACACUGAAAGUAGUGACUACUUAAAACGACAAAAUAUUGGGGAUUUUAUUGAAGAAGAAGAUCCCCACUCUGUUGGUGUUACACAUUACACACAUGCACCAACAGGAACUAUACAUGCAUUAAUGGAGAGUUGAGUUGUGCUGCUGCUUCGUGCUGGGUGUCCCUCUACUCACUGCCAUUUUCAAACUUCACUUGUUAAUAGCAAAGAGCCUGUGUUAGCCGUCCUGGUUUCUCUUAACAUUCAAGUAUCAGAAGAAAGUAGCCUUGUGUUCAAUUAACAUUUUGCACAUUAGAUAAUUUGCAACACAAUUAAAACAU